AUGGAGAUAUCAAUAGAAGAUUAUGAAAUUUAUUGCAAUGUUAUUCCAGUUGAUGACAUUUCUGAACCAGAGGAUAAUGCUUCCAUCUCCAGCGAUAUGUUCUCCAUCAAGGUCAUAGCCACCUUCAUGCCUCACCUCGAUUCAGCAAUGGAGGAAGAAGAAGAUGUCGAUGAUGAUGAUGAAAGUGAAUCAAAUUCACUUCUGCUUUAUGCCAACUCGGAAUGUGACACUAGCCAACGCACAUUCCUAGUUGAACGCAACCGUUUCUUGCAUGAAGAAACAUCCAGGUCUACUGUACGUCAAAUUCUUCUUGAUAUGAAUGUGCCUAUUCAGGAAUUCUUGAUAGACCAAAUACUGAACAAUGUUCGUCAAAUAGCAAGUGAUCAUUAUAAAUACAAUAUGGGUCGUCACAAGGUUCUGCAUUUGGCAAUUAACAUUGAAGUUCCACCAAUAAUUUUUGAGGCUGAGAGUGAUGAUGAUGAUCCAGAUGGUGAAAGUUGA